GGCCGGCAGCGGCCAAGCCGCGUCCUCCCCGCUCCGCCGCCGUGCCGGGCGGCCGCUCCGGGAGCUCCGUGCCCGGCCAUGGAGCUGUGGCAGGUGCCGCUGAGCUUCUCCCGCCUCCGCAUGUUCCCUUUCUUCGACCUGGCGCAUUAUGUCGCCUCCGUGGUGGCGCUGAAGGAGCAGCGGGGUGAGCGGGGCGAGGCGGGACGGGGCGGACACCCCACGGAGACCCCCGUGCCGAUCCCGGUGCUCCCCGGAGUUGUGGAAGUGUCGGUCCGAAGUCCCUUGGCCUGCUGGUUUAGUGCAAUGCUUUAUUGCUUUGGGGGCUCAGUUUUGUCUUCGUUGAUGCUUGGUGAACCUCCAGUAGCAUUUCUGGCAAAGACCAUAAAUAUUCUACUGGCAUCCUCAGUCUGGUACCUAGUGUUUUACUGCCCAGAAGACAUAUUCUGCCGCUGCUUUUCCUUUCUGCCUCUUCGUCUUCUGGUGGCAGGAAUGAAAGAAGUGACAAGGACUUGGAAGAUCACAGAUGGCAUUGCACAUGCAGACACUGUCUACAAAGAUGCCUGCCUUGUCAUGGUGGCUGUGGGCUGGGCCAGAGGUGCUGGUGGUGGCUUAAUUUCCAACUUUGAGCAGCUGGUGAGAGGAGUGUGGAAACCUGAAACCAAUGAGCUCCUGCAGAUGUCCUACCCUGUGAAGGUAACUUUGAUAGGAGCAGUUCUUUUCACCCUGCAACGCAGACAGUACUUGCCAAUAGCAAAACACAACCUUGUGUUUUUUUACACCAUCUUUCUUGUUGUCUUCAAGGUAAAAAUGAUGUUGACAAGAUGUGCAACUUCUCCACUUGCUCCCAUUGAGGCUGCAGUGGGCCAGAUGUUUUUUGGCUCACGAAAGACACCUUCCAAAGUGAAGGGUGAAAGUGCCACAUCUUCCAACGGCUCUUCAGUCUGUGACCAGCCUUCUGAGCAGCACCAUGACAGUGCUAAGAAAAAACAAGCAAAGAAAACAGAAUAAGUGACUUGAAAUCCUUGUGAUGGUCAUGAAGAUGUGUGUCCUCCAGAUUAGGCUGGCUGAGAAGUUUCUCUAAGGAAAGGAGAACAGGGCUGUGUUGUGCUUUGCCUUUUUGGGAUGUUAUGUAAGUUGUGUGUAAAUGCACAUGUUGGAUUUGUGAGUUAAAACUAUGAAUUUUUAUAGUGGUUAAAAGUUUACUAAUUUUUGUACUUACGACAACUUCAGAUGCUUAUAUGUUAAAAAGAUAUUUUCACAAAUGUGACAAUCACAUUUUUUUUCCUACAGUAUCACUUUCAUGUCUUCCUAUCCCCCAGUUUUUAUGUGUCAUUUUGAUAACACUGAUUUGUACUGUCAGGUGUUCACUGUAGCACGUCCCAAAUAAGAAAGUCAUUAAGUAAGGCUUAAUCACAUUGCACUCUGUAAAAUCAUAAAAAUGUACCAAUUUAAUGCCUUUAACUAGAAAAGUGACUGAAAUAUUGUUGUAAUUCACAUUGCAUUGGUCUAGAUUUUCUUCACUUCUUAAAGUAAAUAUUUUAAAAUAUUUUUAAGUGUUUUAAAAUGAAAGUACAUUAUCUGGCACUUUAACAAAUCUUAGUUAGUUAGCAAGUAGAAACACAUCAGUAUUUUUGUUGUUGGCUUGCUUGGACUCUUUUAUUUGCAAACAUUUGAGAUGUAGGUGUUUUUUGCCACACUAGUGUUUUACAAGUGGUUUGUAGUUAUCUUGUGUUUCAUUUGCGUCUAGACAUCUUUGCCUGCAUUUUUUUCCCAAGCAUAUGCACUUAUUUCUUUUCAAGGACAGACUCCAUUAGGAAGAAUACUGGACAGUACAUUUGCCUUGUUUAGUCAGCACCCUGAGCUGCAGCACAGGGAUGGGAGCAGAAUGUUACCCCUCUAAUCCAUGAGGGAAUGGUCAGUGAGCUGCUAGAACACCCGGACACUCCCAAGUGGUGGGAUGGGAUCCACCCAGGGGUGCUGAGGGAGCUGGCAGAGAGCUCGCUGGGCCACUUCCAAUCAUUUACCAGCAGUCCAGGCAAACUGGGGAGUUCCCAGUUAACUGGAGGUGGCAAAUGUGACACGCAUCUGCAGGAAUGGUCAGGAGGAGGAGCCAGGGAAUUACAGGCCUGUCAUGUCCCCUCAGUGCCAGGGAGGCCAUGGAGCAGGUCACCUUGAGAGCCAUCAGGAGCAGGACAAGCAGGACAUCAGGCCUGGCCUCUCUGGGUUGAGGAGAGGCAGGUCCUGCCUGACACACCUGAUCUCCUCCUGGCCCACGGUGACCUGCUCAGGGCUGAGGGAAAGGCUGUGGAUGUGUCUGCCCGGACUGCACAGAGCCUUUGACACCUUCUCCCACAGCAUCUCCUGGAGGAGCUGGCUGCUCAUGGACAGGGCCCUGUGCUCCGGGGGAGGAACGGGCUGAGGGCAGGGUGGGACAUGGAAGGACACCCAGCUGGGCUGGCACCAGGGCGUUCCCAUGGGAUCAGGGCUGGGGCCAGGCCUGUGCGGCAUCCUCAGCAAAGGCUGCACGAGGGGAGCGAGGGCCCCUCAGUCAGGGGGAAAGGAGCUGGAAAAGGCCUGGGGUGCUGUGGCAGCAGCCGGACAGAGCCCAGGGGUGCCCAGGCGGCCAAGAGCCGAUGGCCCCUGGGCUGUGCCAGCCGUGGGUGGCAGCGGGAGCGGGGCAGUGCCCGGCCCUGUGCUGGCCCUGCUGAGGCCACAGCUCCAGUGCUGGGUCACCUCUGGGCCCUCACACGGGGAAUGGAGGGGCUGGAGCGGGGCCAGGGAAGGGAACGGAGCUGGGAAAGGAAUGGAGCCCCAGGAGAGGCUGAGGGAGCUGGGAAGGGGCUGGAGCCCCAGGAGAGGCUGAGGGAGCUGGGAAGGGAAUGGAGCCCCGGGAGAGGCUGAGGGAGCUGGGAAGGGAAUGGAGCCCCAGGAGAGGCUGAGGGAGCUGGGAAGGGAAUGGAGCCCCAGGAGAGGCUGAGGGAGCUGGGAAGGGGCUGAGCCUGGAGCAAAGGAGGCUCAGGGGGCCCUUGUGGCUCUGCACAGCUCCUGCCAGGAGGGGACAGCCGAGGGGGUCAGGCUGUGCUAACAGGGACAGGAGGAGAGGGAGCGGCCUCAGGCUGCGGCAGAGGAGGGUUAAUUUGGAUAUUAGGAAUAAUUUUUUCACAGAAAUGAUGAAAAGCAUUGGAGCAGGCUGUCCAGGGAGGUGAUGGAGUAAACGUCCAUAGAGGGAUUUAAAAGAGCCUGUAGGUAUUGCACAUGGGGAUAUGGUUUAGUGUUGGCCUUAGUCAUGCUGGGUUAAAGCUUGACUUGAUGAUCUUAAAGGUCUGUUCCAACCUAAACUGCUCUUUAAUGUCAGAAGCACUGAAAUUUUUAUUAGCAUUUGCUGAAAUCUUGCUGCUUUCUGCUUGUUGUCUUUUUUUACUCAAGAUGUGAAGCAGUUCUAAGUGGCAUACACUUUAUAACUGAGAACUUUGGCAUUUUAAAGAUGUUACAAUACAUAAGAAUAGAAUCUUUUCAGGGGAAUCUUUUCAUUGAUGUGCCAAUUUUUAGAAUAAACUACUUUUACAAAAUUAGACUAUUUUCUUCAGAGUACUGCUUUGAAGAGCAUUGUUCAGCAAAGAGGUGUUAGGUUAAUCUUUGUGCAGGAUGCCAAAGAGAAUGUGGAGGGAGAUCUGAUUUGAAAAGACAAAGUUCUAGUUCCAGGUACAUCUCUAAAUUUAGAAAAGCUGUCACCAAUGCUGUGCUUAGAGAAAAGAAAAAUAAAAGUACCAAAGAAAUUUCUUGUGCCUGAGUAGUUACAUUUCCAUGGUGAUGACCAAAAGCAUUGAACUCAGUUUGAAAUCCAACUUCAUUGCAAAUGUGCUGUACCUUGAAAGCUAAAAUUACUAUUUUCUUUAACACUUAAGAAGAACUAAAACAAAAUACCCCAAACUCUUUGGACAAACUAGCAGUCAUAUUCCCUACACAUUACACUGAAACUUAGUGUUCAGUUACAAAUGCUUGGAUUAUUCACUUGGUGUCUCAUUUUUUUUGUAGCUUGAUGUCAUGGAUUAACUUGAAGCUGCCAGUUGACUAGUUAACAAUCAGCUAGUUAUCAAGCAACACCAGCACAUGCUGCCUGUCCAUGGCUUUUUAAGGUUUUGGAUGUUUUUUUUCUGAACAAUUGUGUAUUCUAGAUCACAUGUAUCAUACAAAAGGGGAUUGUGGCAUGGAACUGUGUUACACAUGUGUGAAAUUGUGCCUGAAAACUGGCUAUUCCUAGCCCAAGUCAAUGUGAAAAUAUGCUUAGACUACAUCUUUAGCAAGUUUACAUUUAGAGAGGAAAAUAUAGUGGUUUGUAUUCAUUUUCAGAUAAAGUCAACAAUAUUAAAAUUUUUUAAAGUGUUUUCUUGUCUGAACACCUUAAAAAUAAUACACAACACGGAAAAAAUGUGUAUUGUUGUGAGACAGAACACAAGGUACGUUUACAGAAAUCCUGUUUUAAGCACCAUGAAAACAAAACUUUGUGUUUAAAGGUAUCAUGUGUUGCUGAAGGAUGGGUGCUCCAAAAAGCUACAUGCAAAUGUUCUGAGAACUACAUUUUAUGACACAGAAAAAGAUAACCAGUUGCUCAGGGUUUAACCUGAAUUCCAUAGGAGACAUUGUGUCCAAGUGUCCAGGAUUUCUUAAAUAAACAAUUCCCAGCUUUCAUGCUGAUAGUUUUCUAUCUCUGGUAAACUUCUCUGUGUGAAAAUUUUGUUAACAAUUUCUUAUAACUGUUCUGGUAAAGCUUGUCAGAUUCAGCACAGCUGCACACAUGAACUACUUGGCUGCAUCUAAUUUUGUCAUUAACCUGGUAAAAUUAGAAGAAGCUGCCUUGUGCAUAUAUAAACAAAGUCAUUCAGAAAUUGCUUUAUCAGCUCAAUUCUUGGGCUAGAAGGGCAUAUUCCUGGUUAAACCAAUUGCUGUUCUGAUUAAAUUUCUACUAAAUACACCCAGCUUCUGUAAAAAGGAAUACCUUAAAAUUUGCUUCAGGAACAGAACUGAAGUUUCUUUAUACAAUAAAUGCUAUUUGCUUUCCUCUUC